CCUGCUGCAGUUGGGAGGCGACCUGGAGGACCUGGAGUCUGCCCUGCACCGCUCCUCUCCCCGGCGCGUCCUGGGCUCGGGCUCCUGCUCUGCCCUCCUCAAGCUGCUGCCAGGCCGUCGGGAUCUCCUGGUUGCCCAUGACACCUGGACCUCCUACCAGUCCAUGCUGCGCAUCAUCAAGAAGUACACGCUGCCCUUCCGCACCUCGGCCGGCGGCAAUUCUCAGAUCCCCGGGAGCAUCCAGGUGUUUUCCUCUUACCCUGGCACCAUCUUUUCCGGGGAUGACUUCUACAUCCUCAGCAGUGGGUUGGUGACGCUGGAAACCACCAUCGGCAACAACAACCCAGCACGGUGGAAGUACCCGGACCCACGGGGCAGUCCCACCGUCUUCCGACGGUUCAACAGCGGCACGUACAACAACCAGUGGAUGGUGGUGGACUAUAACGCCUUCGUGCCAGGGAGAGAGAGCCCACCGCCGGGCGUGCUGACCGUGCUGGAGCAGAUCCCGGGCCUGGUGGUGGCGGCUGAUCAGACGGAGCUGCUGUACCAGCAGGGCUACUGGGCCAGCUACAACCUACCCUACUUCGAGGAGAUCUUCAAUGCCAGUGGGAACAUGGAGCUGGUGAAGAAAUACGGUGACUGGUUCACCUAUGACAAGAACCCGCGCGCCCAGAUCUUUCGUCGGAACCAGACACUGGUCCACGACCUGGACUCCAUGGUCCGCCUGAUGAGGUCCAACAACUACCUACGGGACCCGCUAUCACGGUGCACGGGCUGCGACCCCCCCCAGAAUGCAGAGAACGCCAUCUCUGCCCGCUCUGACCUCAACCCCGCCAACGGCCCCUACCCCUUCACAGCCCUGCGCCAGCGCUGCCAUGGCGGCACCGACAUGAAGGUCACCUCCUGGGGCAUGGCCCCCACCUUUGGGCUGGUGGCCGUCAGCGGUCCCACCUGGGAUGACGUGCCCCCCUUCCGCUGGAGCACGUCCCCCUGCAGCACCCUGCUGCACAUGGGCCACCCCGACCUCUGGACCUUCCCCCCUGUCAAGGUCCACUGGGACUGAGCAGGCGCCGCUGG